UCUCUAUGUCUGUCUCUCUAUGUCUGUCUCUCUCUCUCUGUCUCUCUCUCUCUGUCUCUCUCUCUCUGUCUCUGUCUCUCUCUCUCUGUCUCUGUCUCUCUCUCAGGUGACCGUUGAGAACUUCCUUCGUGUGCUGACGGGAAGGCUGCCACCCAGCACACCGCGGUCUAAACGCCUCCUCUCUGACGACCACAGCAACAUCCUCAUCUACCUCACUGGUCACGGUGGGAACGGCUUCCUGAAGUUCCAGGACUCUGAAGAGAUCAGCAACGUGGAGCUGGCCGACGCCUUUGAACAGAUGUGGACUAAGAGAAGGUACAAUGAGCUGCUGUUCAUCAUUGAUACGUGUCAGGGAGCCUCCAUGUAUGAGAGAUUUUACUCUCCUAACCUCAUGGCCCUGGCCUCCAGUCAAGUAGGAGAGGACUCCCUGUCGCACCAGCCAGACCUGGCUAUCGGGGUCCCUAUGGACAGGUAUACAUUCUACCUGUUGGAGUUUCUGGAGGUCCCUGCUAGCACCGCUAACAUGAAUGAUCUGUUUAAGGUUUGUCCUAAGAGUCAGUGUGUGUCCACUCCGGGCCACCGUACAGACCUUUUCCUCCGUGACCCCGGAAACGUCCUCAUCACAGACUUCUUUGGCAGUGUCCGUAAAGUAGAGAUCACCAUGGAAACCAUCAACCUGACAGCUCCCAUGGUGCAUCUGGCUGUGGAAAGACCAGUAGGUGAGCUGAAGACAGAGAGCCAGUCAUAUGUGGACCAACUACCAGUGGCUGAGAUUAUACACCAGAAACCAAAGCAGAGGGACUGGCACCCUCCAGAUGGUUUCAUCCUGGGUUUGUGGACUCUCAUCCUCCUGGUCUUCUUCAAGACGUACGGCGCCAAGCACCUUAAGCACAUCUUCUAACCCCUGACCUUUUGAAGCUCGACCUCUGACCCAUUUCUGCUCCUUGUGCGGUUUGCACCAGUUCCCUUGGCUUCCUAGAUUUGAAAGAGGACUGGUAUAGGACUCAUGGUGAAUACUCUUAAAGCGCAGGCUUUCAUCCAUCCGAUUAUUUUAAAUGCACGGGGAAUCGUGCACAACUGCGCACUUCAGGAUAAAGGACAGACAAUUGGGACGCGGUGUUGGCGAGGUCCCAAUCUUCUGGAUUACUAGAAGACUACAAAGACGUUAUUAACAGGGAAUGAAUGACGCACUCUUUUAGUGGUAAUUGCCUUUCUAGUCAUUCUAUUUCUAUGGUUAUUAACAUUAUCGAACGGGGCGAUCUGUGAUUGGUACAUCCAUUUUGUUACUGUUUGAAGAGCAGAUGGUUUAUGUUUAAACUCUGAACUGUGUUGGAGAGAAUGUGGUUACAACACUGACCUGCACAAAGACACAUUGUUGUGCCUUUCUGGACAUGAACAGUACUCUGACUACUGAUUACUGCUGGUGUUAAUUAUCCUGGACAUAAACAGUACUCUGAUUACUGCUGGUGUUAAUUAUCCUGGACAUGAACAGUACUCUGAUUACUGAUUACUGCUGGUGUUAAUUAUCCUGGACAUUAACAGUACUCUGAUUACUGCUGGUGUUAAUUAUCCUGGACAUGAACAGUACUCUGAUUACUGAUUACUGCUGGUGUUUAUUAUCCUGGACAUAAACAGUACUCUGAUUACUGAUUACUGCUGGUGUUAAUUAUCCUGGACAUAAACAGUACUCUGAUUACUGAUUACUGCUGGUGUUAAUUAUCCUGGACAUAAACAGUACUCUGAUUACUGAUUACUGCUGGUGUUAAUUAUCCUGGACAUGAACAGUACUCUGACUACUGCUGGUGUUAAUUAUCCUGGACAUAAACAGUACUCUGAUUACUGAUUACUGCUGGUGUUAAUUAUCCUGGACAUGAACAGUACUCUGAUUACUGCUGGUGUUAAUUAUCCUGGACAUAAACAGUACUCUGAUUACCGAUUACUGCUGGUGUUAAUUAUCCUGGACAUAAACAGUACUCUGAUUACUGCUGGUGUUAAUUAUCCUGGACAUAAACAGUACUCUGAUUACUGCUGGUGUUAAUUAUCCUGGACAUAAACAGUACUCUGAUUACUGCUGGUGUUAAUUAUCCUGGACAUAAACAGUACUCUGAUUACUGAUUACUGCUGGUGUUAAUUAUCCUGGACAUGAACAGUACUCUGAUUACUGCUGGUGUUAAUUAUCCUGGACAUAAACAGUACUCUGAUUACCGAUUACUGCUGGUGUUAAUUAUCCUGGACAUAAACAGUACUCUGAUUACUGCUGGUGUUAAUUAUCCUGGACAUAAACAGUACUCUGAUUACUGAUUACUGCUGGUGUUAAUUAUCCUGGACAUAAACAGUACUCUGAUUACUGAUUACUGCUGGUGUUAAUUAUCCUGGACAUAAACAGUACUCUGAUUACUGAUUACUGCUGGUGUUAAUUAUCCUGGACAUAAACAGACAUGAACAGUACUCUGAUUACUGAUUACUGCUGGUGUUAAUUAUCCUGGACAUAAACAGUACUCUGAUUACUGAUUACUGCUGGUGUUAAUUAUCCUGGACAUGAACAGUACUCUGAUUACUGCUGGUGUUAAUUAUCCUGGACAUAAACAGUACUCUGAUUACUGAUUACUGCUGGUGUUAAUUAUCCUGGACAUAAACAGUACUCUGAUUACUGAUUACUGCUGGUGUUAAUUAUCCUGGACAUGAACAGUACUCUGAUUACUGAUGACUGCUGGUGUUAAUUAUCCUGGACAUAAACAGUACUCUGACUACUGAUUACUGCUGGUGUUUAUUCUGUAUUUAUUGUAUGGAAUCUGGUGAAUAGGGGUUUAGAGUUAAAACACAACUGAAGAUUAAAGGAUGGAAGCAGCGAAUACUGGAAGACACAAUCCUAUGUUUGUUGUAUUUUUAUGUUUUAUUAUUUUUAUGUUUUAUUGUUGCAUGGUUUAGAAUUUAAAGAGGGAGAACGGAGAAGGAAAUUGAGGAUAAAAUGAAGGGUUAAAAUAAAUACUGGAAAGCAAAAUGGUCCUUCUCAGGAGAGCAGACCGGUCCUUCUGUAGCUCAGUUGGUAGAGCAUGGCGCUUGUAACGCCAGGGUAGUGGGUUCGAUUCCCGGGACCACCCAUACGUAGAAUGUAUGGAUAAAAGCGUCUGCUAAAUGGCAUAUAUUAUAUUAUUAUUAUUAUUAUUAUAUUAGCAGACGGAUGUGUUCUUUGAGAUGGUUGAUUGUCUUAUUUGAUGUCGUUUAAGGAAAUGUGUGUAUUCUUUAUUCCUUUAUUUUGUGUCUGGCAGCAGAGCUGUCUUUUUCCCUCAUAUCUAUAAUUAAAAUUGAUGGGACUGAAAGGCACUGAAUUGA